AUGGACGCUGCCCCAGAUGGAGUGGCUCAACUGUCUCCCCCUAAAGGCUCGCCCAGGCAAUCUGUGCACGAAGCUCCGGGUCGGUAUAGUAUGGAUGGUAUCGAGGAGGCCAUUGAUGAUAUUGACGGCAAUGGCAUAAUGCGGGGACAUACCAAAAAUGACCGAAAGGACAUGAGUCGCAUGGGCAAGCGACAAGAAUUGAUCAGAAGCUAUCGUCCGCUUUCUGCCCUCAGUUUUGCGCUUAUCCUACAGGCUACGUGGGAGUUUAUGUUGAUAUCUAAUACCGAGGGCCUUAAAAAUGGUGGCCUUGCCGGAUUAUUCUGGUCCUAUCUCUGGACCUUCAUUGGUUUUGGUUUCGUGAUAUUCUCUCUUGCAGAAAUGGCUUCCAUGGCCCCAAUUUCUGGAGGACAAUAUCAUUGGGUAUCGGAGUUUGCGUCAGAAAAACAUCAGAAGUUCUUGAGCUACGUCACUGGAUGGUUGUCUGUUUUGGCAUGGCAAGCCGGUGCGGCAUCUGGGUCCUUUCUGACAGGUAACAUUAUCCAAGGACUGCUCACCGUCAACAAACCAAACUAUGAAUCUACCGCUUGGAGGGGUACCCUUCUUGUAUUUGCCAUGGUGGCCCUGAUCUAUGUUUUCAAUAUAUGGGUGGCCCAGGGCCUGCCCAUGAUACAGAAUCUUCUACUUGUCAUCCACGUCUUCGGUUUUCUGGCAGUCGUGGUCGUUCUGUGGGUUAUGGCUCCCCAUCAAUCCGCUAAAGCCGUGUUCACAGAAUUUAAAAACGGCGGAGGCUGGCCAAAUAUUGGAGUAAGCGUUCUGAUCGGACAGCUUUCAGCUAUAUACGGAAGUUUGAGCGUUGAUGCAACCGCCCAUAUGGCGGAAGAAGUUAAAGAUGCGGGUAGAAACGUACCAAACGCGAUUGCCUGGGGGUAUAUCACGAACGGAAUACUCGCCGUCAUAUUCAUCGUCACCUAUAUCUUCUCCAUCCCGUCCGUUGACGACGCGCUGAGGGACCCUUCAACGUUCCCAUUCAUCUAUGUAUUUCGCAACGCAGUGUCAACGAGUGGGGUAAACGCACUCACGAGCGUCAUUCUCAUCCUAGUAAUCGCAAGCAAUAUCUCCUUCAAUGCCUCCGCUGCCCGCCAAACGUUCUCCUUCGCACGAGACAAAGGCCUCCCAUUUUCCAGAUGGCUUUCCGCUGUCCAUCCAACAAAACACAUACCGGCAAACGCCAUAUUGAUUUCCUGCCUUAUCAGCGCGCUUCUCUCGCUCAUUAACCUUGGAUCAAGUGCCGCAUUUCACGCCAUCAUCUCUCUCAACGUCGCUGCUCUCAUGGCUACAUACGUUGUCUCAAUCAGUUGUGUACUCUAUCGCCGCCUUACAUGCCCGGAGUUGCUGCCCCAUGCACGCUGGAGUUUGGGCCCCGUUUUUGGCCCGAUUAUCAAUGCCAUCGGCCUAACUUAUGUUGUGUUCGCGCUCUUCUGGUCGUUCUGGCCUGCUGACAGGCAUGUCACUGUGAACAAUUUCAACUGGAGCAUUGUUAUAUUUACCUGCGUGGUCGCACUUAGCCUCGUAAUGUACUGUGUGCAGGGCGGGAAGACGUACACGGGGCCUGUCACUACGGUAAUUGGCAGGUAUUGA